UAUUUAAUUAAAGCCUAGUGACUAUUGAUAUUUUUUUUUUAAAUUCAUGAAUGAACAUGAAUGAAUGAAUGAACGAAUGAAUGAAUGAAAGAAAGAAUGAAUGAAUUCCUUCAUUCAGGCCCUAUCCAACCGCCGAUCAUAAAAUCCCGUCACCCGGCAUUUGAUUAUGCCAAUGACAUGAAGGAAAAGGCGGAUACUUGUGUAGCUAUUGGAACUCCUCCCAUACACUACUACUGGGAAUCAGAGAAAUCUGGGCAAAAAAUACCGGGCCCAACUCUGAAUUUUUCCAAACAUUUUUCCAGAUCAGAGGAAGGCAACUACUACUGUGUAGCGACAAAUGCAUUUGGAGUAGCCCAAUCAAACGUCACCAAAUAUAUUUUCCAAAAGGCCUCGUGCUCUUCUUCUUCCGUUCCGAAUAAUAUCUUUCUCUUGGAGGGCUUUUCCUACCAGCUACCGUGCGGUGUCGAGUGUAUACCUGAAGGCACGUGUGAGAUCCAGUGGAAGUGGCUGUCUGGCUACAUCCCUUUCACACCCAGAACUGAUAUGCGAUUUGAUCCAUUUAGUGGAACCAUGCACAUCAACUACGUAGACAGCAGUAUCAGAGAUCUUUUGUCAGGAAAAACUUUAAUAUGUUCUGGCAAAGCUGGUGUCACCACGGUUGAGUGUGCCAGUCAUACUUUCACCUAUUCAAGCGACCAUCGGCCUAAGACGACACCGACAGAACUGAAGUUUAACACGGAACCAAAUCUUUUGGCAUUGUUGGGAGACAGCAUUACUUUAGACUGUUUUUUUGUUACUAGGGAUAGAUGCACGGUUGCCUGGGAGAUGAAGAGCAGUGAUGGCGACUGGAGACCAGUGAAAUUUUCAGAGGCAUUUUUCAACAGCCCCGACUCCCUCACCAUAUCGAGUGUGAAGUUCAGCCACGCCGGCCAGUACAGGUGCAAAUGCGGCGAGGAAGGUGUGCACGAGAAAAACUUGACCGUGCGUGCGAGGCCAUACUUCAAAUCGGUUGACGACAUGCCAGUGAGCAAGCAAUACGUCGAAGGCGACGAUGCCGUCAUCAAUUGUAGGCCCCUUGGAGUGCCCGAACCCACAGUCGAAUGGUUCUUCGACUCCACGCCUUACAAAAAAUACAUCGAGACACAUCCCAAAGUGUGGCUUAGCGACGAUGGUCGGCAGCUGAAUUACCGACAGCUCUGUCGUUCACGCUGUACAAAUAAACCCAAGGGCGAUAAUAUAGUGAUCACGUGUGUCGUCAGCAACGUGCACGCCACCUACAGAUAUUCGGCUGCUAUCUCUGUCUAUGAUCGAACGGUGAUCACGAAGGCUCCCGAGAACAGAUCCGUCAGCGUCACGAACAAAUACACAACAUCUGUCGUCUUUGACUGUGCAGCUCAGAACGAUAUCUACACCAACAUUACUUACUACUGGUUCUUUAGACCGGCCAACCAGGAUUUCUUUCAUCUACUCAAUAGUACUGACUAUGCAGUGAGCAACGGCAGAGUGCAUUCAGAUCAGCUAGAGAUCCGAGUGAUGAACAGCACGGAUUGGCCGGCACACGCUGGCGACUACAAGUGCAAAGCCACCAACAACAUCACCUUCGAUGAGAAGGUCGCCACUCUUCUCGUCAACGAGUCUUCACCCACUGCUGGACCGUCAAAGAAAGCAGAUGCGUUCAGUUGGAUCAUAAUAUUAGCAGUAUGCGCAAUAAUACUCGUCUUGAUACUCUGUAUAAUCGUCGUCUGGUGCUGUUAUUAUAACAGAGGAGCCGAAUAUAAAGUCGACAAGAAAGAGAGAAAGUCUGGUAAUAAACCGGAAGAGGAGUUGGAAAGAACUGCAUUCCAAAAUUAUCAACGACCAUCAACGAAUCCACUGAAGAGCAGCCGAAUGUCCCUGGACACCUCCAUGCAGAUGGACAGUGACGACGAAGGCAGUCUGAAUGACUACGGCGACAUCGACCACCCUGGAAAGUUCGGUGAGGACGGGUCCUUUAUCGGCCAGUACAACACCUCAACCAGAAACAACAACACUCACAAUGUCAGCGGGACUGCCAGCGGACAGCCCUAUACGGGCACCGUCGGCAGGGGGGGUACCAACGCUGGAUAUCCCUACGGUACGAACGGUUACGGGCAGAAUAAUUUUCCAAGAAUUUAAGUGUUGAGGGUAAAGAUGAUAUAUAGAUAUAUAUAUUAGCAUAUAAACAUAAGUAUGCAUAUAUAAAAUCCAACAUUUAUCCAACGGGAUGUAUAUAUAUAUAUAUAUAUAUAUAAUUAAAUAUAAUAAUAAGCUUAUAAUAUAAAUACUUGUAAUUAAAUGUAACAAUCAGGUAAUAAUUAACGCUGAUUUAAAAGGGACAUUAAUUAGAUAAUUAAUAUUAUCAUAGCUUCUUGGGAGCAAGCAAGCAAAUUAUAAACAAUACCCCUUUCGAACUGUAGUUUUGGUAUUAAAGACACAUACGUAUAUAUAUGUGUGUGCGCGCGCGCGUGUUUAACACACCAUAAUACAUUUUAUACGUAAUUGUCAUGUGUAUUAACAUUUGCAUCUUCUUCAUUUAAAAUCGUCAUCGACUGUCUUUUUUUAAUUAUUAUUAUUAUUAUGGCCUUUAUUAUUUUUAUUUAUUUAUUAUUAUUAUUAUGAACGUAGAAUCGCGUUGGAUGUUGUUUGUUUGUUAUUUGUUUGCUUGUUUAUUAUUAUUAUUAUUAUUGAAUUAUUAUUAUUGAAUUAUUGGUGUAUUCUCCGUAUCUCUCUUCAUUCUAUUGGCUUGUAGAAUUAGAGAAUUCGAAUGUUGAUCAAGAUAUUUUGCACAAAUUGAUACAAAGUUUUGUGUAAUAAAGAUAUAUUUUUUAUCUGCUUUGUAAAUCUUGCUGUUAUGAUAUAUUAUGUAACUACAAUAAAAUUAAUCGACAAUUAUAGCUAAUUUUAUUGAAAUUAUCUUAAUAAUAAUAUUUAUGAUUAAUGAUGAUUAAUGGUAAUAAUAAUAACAACGAUUAAUAAUUAUUUCGUAAUUAUUAUUUUUAUCAUCAUCAUUUCUUCAUUCAUAAUGGGCUUGUUGUUUUUAAUAAAUUUCAUUUUAAUUUUUACAUAAUAUCUGACUUUACCCAAAUAUGCAUAAUUUGUAUUUUUUAUGGUAUAGAUAUAUAUGUGUUUGACAUAUAGAUAUAUAUGUAUGUAUGAUAUAUGUAUCAAUUUCAUGUUUACAUUAAUUCCAGGCGUCAAAGUACUUCUGAAAAACUCUUAUAUCCAUAAAAUUUCUUACAAAAUCGUAAAAAAGAGAUUAGUUUUUGUUAUUCAAUGUUACUAAAAUAAUAAUAAUAAUAAUAGUUAUGAUAGUUAUAUCAUUGCAACAAAAAACCACAUCAUUAAAUUCACAGGCCAAUUAAAUCACCACUAUAGUAUGCUGUUGCCAAAGUUGCGUUGAACUGAGUUAGGAUCAUUAUCAUUAUUUCCAGAUGAUGAUGAUUGCGGCGGCAGUACUGAUGAUGAUGAUAUUUGUUUCCGCAAUGAGGCAAUCAUGCUCUCUUGUUGCUGGAUCGUUGAAAGUAGUUGAAGUUGUUGAAAAAGGUGCGCGGGCGGUGGGGGCUUUGUGACGUCAAACUGCUGCUGUUGUUGGUGUCCUAGGUACUGCUGCUGUUGUAGUUGUAGCUGCUGCGGAAAUGGUUGUAGCUGCUGCGGAAAAAAAUAAUGUUGUUGUUGGAAUAUUAGUGGAUGAUGUUGUUGUGGUUGUUGUAGGAAAAUCGCUGGUUGUUGCGGAAACAUUUGAUGUUGUGGUUGCGUUGCAGGCCACGUAAUUGGUGGAAAGCUUAUUGGCGGGAGCGCUGGUGGCGGCGAUGUGAACCGCGAUGGUAGGUACUGCUGCUGUUGCUUGCCUAAGAAAGAAUUAUCAUUAUUACAUUUUUUAUCAAACCAAUUCUUAUUAAUAUCUUUACUAGACCCUGGUGGCCAAGAUGAAAAAGCACUAUUAUUAUUAUUACUAUUAUUAUUGUUCUUCUUAUUGUUGUUCUUCUUAUUCUUAUUACAAUUAUUCACGAUGUUUCUAUUGUUAGCAUUGGAAGUCCUAUUCAUGUCAAUGUUGAAGAACUUUGAUUUCGGAGGCCAACAAGUUAGAUCACU